AUGCUCAGCCGAUUCGGGCAGCGGCCGGCUGGCCGGCCUCGGACUGAGUGUCCACCCUGCCCCAGCCCCAGCCGGCUCCGGCGGGCGAGGCGGCCGCGUCCGGCGGGUCCGCUCCAGUCAAAGAAAGGGCCGGGCGCCUUCCAGUUCCCGGUGGCUGCCGGCAGAGCGGCUUCUCGCGCGCGGGCGUGCCCCGCCCACUCAUUUGCAUGCCGCCCGCCCUCCUGGACUCCACGCUACCCGCCAGGGGAGGCCCGCCCACCUCAUCUACAUUCCGCCUGCCCACCUCAUCUGCAUAUCGCUCUCGGGCGCCUGGAGUGCCACUCUUCAGCCGUGGGAGGGACGCACCGGCUGACCGACUUCAGGCCCUGCACCCGCGGACGCUGGACGAGUGACUGAAUGGAAGAAUAAACAAUUCUUGAGGAGAAGAAAAUUAACACUCAGAAAGACUAUUACUAAUUAUAAAAAUGCAUGCCUGCCAAUCAUGAGUAGAAAUUUUGCUGCUGCCAGAAAUGACUAACUUUUGGAAAUUACCCUGAACAACUUACAUUCUUCAUCUUACAGGGAAAACACUUAGGACCAACUAAAGCUUGCAGUGAAGAUGUUUAGGACUAGUAAAAUCAUUAGUGGAACGACUGAUGUGUCUCCAUCACUUGAACACCAUGACGGGCCAUUCUUGAUACUCAUCUUUCCUACCAACAUCUUAGGAGCCUGGCGAUGAUGGUGACUGUCAACACCUCAGAGCAGGGUAUUCCUGUGGCUUCUAGCGUGCUACAGGCUCCGAGAUUUCUGCCCCCCUCUCUCUCACCAGUCCCCUUUGUUGAUUCCUCCUCAUCUGCCUGACCUCUAGACCCUGGAUUGCUGCCUGACCUCUUCUCUGCCUACGAUCUUGGUCUCUUAUCUACCAGUUUUUGGCUGUUAAAUCUAGGUGCCAUCUGUAUAUUGCUAGGCUGGUC